AAAUAUUUAAAUAUUCCAAGUAUAAAACCCCCUUGAAUAUAUACUAUAACCAAAGGAAAUGCCUGAGUGCGAGCACACCACGUGGCUCAUUACCGCCACCACAAGUGCGACUAGAACUAGAAUUCUGUCAGUCCCCAGCAAAAUCCCGGCCACCGGCGAGCCACACAUGGCGGCGGCCGCUUCAACGACGUCGUCCCUAGCACGCAUUCGCCCACCCUUACAUUUGAAGCCUCCAUUCUCACAUCACCAGCUGCUCGCUUCGAAAAGACCAGCUGUGACGUUCACCACCGCCCAAACACGGCCUUCGCCGCCUCGACCGAUCGCCGUCGAAGACGAGAGAGUUUACUCAAGGACUCGUUUGGCUUGCGGCGCGGGUCGCCGGAAUUCCCCCGCCACCGCCGCGGCUGAGAAAGGGGAUGGCGAUAAUGCGCGGCGAGUCCUGCAGUCCGUCCUGUGGGUGGCGGAGGGAGUGUAUAUCUUCUGGCUCUUCUUACUUCCGUAUGCCCCAGGGGAUCCUGUGUGGGCUAUCAGUUCAGAGACGGUUAACUCUCUUGUUGGCCUUUCCCUGAAUUUCUUCUUUAUUCUUCCUUUAAUGAACUCUGUUGGUAUUCGUCUAAUUGAUGCACCGGUCCUUCACCCAGUGGCGGAGGGACUAUUCAACUUUGUUAUUGGGUGGACCUUCAUGUUUGCUCCGUUGCUAUUCACGGAUAGUAAAAGAGACAGAUACAAGGGAUCACUAGACAUUUUAUGGGGCUUCCAAAUGUUCCUCACAAACACGUUCUUAAUACCCUACAUGGCCAUUCGGCUAAAUGAGGCUGAUGCACAGAGUGCUCCAAGAAAGCCCUCUCAACUCGCUUCUGUGAUGACUAAAGGUGCACCUAUUGUUGGACUCAUCGGUGGUGCCAUCUGUUUGAUAUCUGCGCUGUGGGCAAUUUUCGGCCGAUCAGAUGGCAAUUUUGGAGACCUAGCAAAUAGAUGGGAUUUCUUGGUAAGUUAUCUAGGAUCCGAGAGGCUCGCUUAUGCAUUUAUUUGGGAUAUAUGUCUCUACAUCAUCUUUCAGCCUUGGUUGAUAGGUGAUAACUUGCAAAAUGUUCAGAAAAGCAAGGUUUGUCUUGUAAAUUACCUCAGAUUUGUCCCAGUAUUGGGAUUGGUUGUCUACCUUGUUUAUUUGAAUCUUGAUGAGGAGCUAUAGUUAAAUGUAUUAUUAACUGAAAUCAUAUACAUUCACCAGUACUGAUAGUCCUGUAUCUUUUCACCCAAAUCAGAAAGGUUGCUUAUUGUUAAA